GGACGAUCUCCGUGAACGUUUUUCUCAAAAGAAUGCUCCUAGGAUUUUUGAGAUUCGUCGCGCCAUUGCCAAUCAUACACAAGGUAACUCAUCCAUAGCCUCUUAUUAUACUAUUUUGAAAGGUUAUUGGGAUGAGUUAUCUUCAUAUAUUUCGUUAACCUCUUGCACUUGUGGAGCCUCUCAAACUAGCAUGAAUCACAUUCAAGAAGAGCAUCUCAUGCAAUUUUUGGCUGGGUUGAACGAAUCUUAUUUUGGGGUUCGUAGUAAUAUGCUUCUUCAGGAUCCUUUGCCAACUGUCAAUCGUGCCUACUCCUUACUCUUACAAGAUGAACGCCAACGUUCUCUUCAACCUGUAAUCACAACAUCUCUCGAUCAAUCUGCCAUGGCGGCUAAUCGACCGCAGUCUCAUAAACCAUUUUAUCAUUGCAAAUUUUGUGAUACCGACGGUCACUCAGAAUCUCGUUGUCGCAAAAAUCCUGCCAGCAAAAAUUAUAUGUUUUGCACAUUUUGUGAUACAGCAGGGCAUACACAGUCUCAUUGCAAAAAGAAGAAUGGUACUGCCAAGACCAAUUCUUCUUCCUCACAUACUACCUCUACUGGUUCUUUUGUCGCAGCAACCACUAGCACUCCAGCUGCACCAACUCUAACUCAUGCACAAUACAAUCAAUUGAUUGCCAUGUUGCCAUCCGGUAAAAAUAAUUCUAUGGCUAAUGUUGCAGGACCUGAGUUCGAAGAGGGAGAUUGGUAAGGGAUUGGAACGUGGUGGUCUUUAUUAUUUGGCUCCUGAUGUACCCUCUAUUGCUAAUUCCGCUGUUGCUUCCCCGAGUUUCAAUCUAUGGCACUGGCGCUUAGGUCAUCCAUCUAAAUUUAUUCUUCCCCACCUACAAAAUUUUCAUUCUACAAUUUCUAUUCCUAAUAAUCAUGUUUGCACCAUUUGCCCUUUGGCUAAACAUUGUAGACUUUCUUUUCCCUCAAGUACUAUUUCAACGA